AUGCGGCAGUCGCUCGACGGCUCGUCCCCUGAGGGGGCCUGCCUGGCCGAGGCGGUCGUGUUCAAGGGCACUACGCUGCCUCACAUCUCGGUCAAGCGGCGCCUCCAGCUAUACACCAACGGCCUCUCCACGGUCAAUGACAAAGACAAGGGCGGCGGCUCCGCCAAGUUCUGGCCCUUCCACCGCCGCUGCCAGCUGGACCCGCCGGAUGCGGCGGCGGUGCGGGCGCACGAGCGCCACCUGCGGCGCGCGGGGCCGCUGCGCGCAGUGGCGUCGUACGCGCGCGACAAGAACGUGAUGAAGCUGGUGGGCAGCUGCCGGCGCGGGCGUGCGGAGGGAUACUAG